AUGGGAAUCUGCAUUGAGAAACUGCACAAUCGAAAAAGAUCAGUAUCCCUCUAUAGAGUAACCAUUCACAGGCGUGUGAUCACAACCAUGGUCACCUCAUGUCCAAAAGUGGUUUCUUCAUGGAUCAAAUGCCAUCUUCAAGCGCCAUGCAACCUCCACAAGAAGGUGGUUGGGCUCGACAUUGAAUGGCGUCCAAGUUUCAGAAGAGGGGUUCAGAACCCUGUUGCCAUCUUACAACUUUGCAUCAAACACCGUUGCCUCAUCUUCCAACUCUACCAAGCUUCUUCCAUCCCAAGGUCUCUCUACAAAGCCCUCUGCAACCCCAACAUAAUGUUCAGUGGGGUGAAGAUAUCUGGUGAUGCAAAACGGCUGAAGGAAGAUUAUGGGCUUGAGGUUGCACAUUGCACUGAUGUUGCUGCUAUGGCGGCUGAGGAGUUUGGUCACAAGGAGUUCAAAAGAGCAGGGUUGAAGACUUUGGUGGAGAAUCUCAUUGGAGAGGAAAUUGAGAAGCCAAAGAAUGUUACCUUGAGUAACUGGGAACUCAAGUAUCUCUCUUCUGGCCAAGUGCAGUAUGCUUGUGUUGAUGCAUAUUACUCCUAUAAGCUCGGGAAGUUGUUGAUUUUUGACAAGUGCUAA